AUGAUCUUGGUAAGCGGGGUCCUCAACAACACAGGCCACAGCGUCGUGUUCACAGUCGACGAGGACACCGAAGAUCCUGGUGUCCCUGGCGCACAAGGAACACUAACGGGGUCCAUGGGCGUUCCUCUGGGCGGUCCCAUGGGCGGGGGGAUGGGCGGAACGAUGGGCGGUUCCAUGGGCCACGGCCUCGGCUCUCAGAUGGGCGUGUCUGAAGAGGAGAAUCUGUUCCCCCACCCGAAUCGUCGACACAGAAACGCCCCUUUGAACAUCACUGGUGGUCCUCUCUCCUACAGAUAUAGGAUACAGAUCUAUGGCUACAACUCACAGCUGUUCAGUAACUUCUCCGACGCCGUGUCCAGAGCUCACGGUAUCGUCGCUAUCUGCAUCAUGAUACAGGUCUCGACCCAAGGGAACCCUGAACUGCGGAUUCUGACGGAUGCCAUGGAGAAGAUUCGAUACGCUGGCAGUUGGGCUCCUGUCGAGCGUCUGUCUGUCCGUGGCUUGCUGCCCUCGACGGAGAACUACAUGACCUAUGAAGGCUCCCUAACACAGCCUCCGUGCCAUGAAACCGUAACCUGGGUUGUUCUCAAUAAGCCGAUCUAUAUUACUAAACAACAGUUACACGUCCUCCGGAAACUGCACCAAGGCACCAAGGCAUCUCCCAAGGCUAAGAUGGUCAACAACUUCAGGCCAAUACAGCAGAUGUACCACCGGCCUCUUCGCACUAACAUCGACUUCACGAAUGGACGUCAACUCAACUGCCCGUCGAUGGCAAGGCAGAUGUACUAUACUGGAAGAACACAGCUGUUCUCACUCUGCAUUGCGAUAGCAGGCCGGAGGAGUAUCCCGGCUUUGGAUUAUCCUGUACCCUUUCAGCUUGACCGUAGGCUUAAGGUGAAGCCCAGUUCAGCAAUAAAUGUUGUUAACAUGCGGAAUAAAGUAGAAAAUGCCUGGACGUGA